CCCUUUUUAUUCAGUUAUGUCUGGUUUUCGUUAAACUAAGUGUUAGAUCAACUGCGAUAUGGAAGAUAUUUCUCAGGAACGUUCUUCAGGUGCGCCUUUUUCUCUCUCCGCUCUGCGUCUCCUGGUGCCACCACUACGGCUGGCCUCUGCAGCAAUCUGGCAGACCGUCCAGCAGAAGGUGGUGGCUGACUACGGCAUCCUGGAGGAAUUUGUUUCUAUGGUUACCGACACGAUUCCAGAGCUGCUUACCAGUCGGCAGAGGGUCCAACUCACCCUGGGUCUGAGAGCACGGUUGAUCUUGGAUUUAUGCCAGCGGGAAGCUGCUCCUGACUGCGAGCUUGUUGAACCGCAUUUGAACAGGAUGGAAAUGCUCAUCAGGUCAUGGCUUGAAGAGGCCGGUGGUCCAAAUCCAGAGGUGUCCCACUUGGACUUUGUGGAUCUGGUUAAGAAACUACUGAGAAGCCCUGAUGAGAGAGAACUCUUCUUUCAGCGGGGUUUCCGUGAAGAUUUUGGUGCAAAAUAUGACAAAGCUGUCGAUGCCCUGAUGUGGUUGUUUUUGUCUAGACUUGAAAACAUCCUUCCUAUUCAAACUUUCCAUCAGGUCGCAUCCGUGUUCGGGGAGGUUUCAUGUGUCUUGGCAGAAUAUGUGCAGUCUGUGACUCAGUGUGACGAGCUUAAAAACCUUCUGCAACAUCACAAAGACCUCAGUCAGUUGGAUCACAAUGAUAUUUCUCUUGAUGGUUCCUGCAUCAUCUCUGCCCUCAAACUUCCUUCUCUAAAGUCAAGCAAGACAUCUGAAAGUCAAACAGAAGUCAAUAUUUUGGGCUGUGUCCCAUCAUGCCCAUCACCUAUGGAAGAAGACUCUUCACCAUUGCUUGAAGCAUCCCAGAUAAAACCUCAUUCUGCUUCAGGACCUUUAACUGUUGACGCGACUAAUUUGGAGAAUGGAACACAGCUUUCCAAGAAUGAAAAUCAAACUGAGAAAAAUAUGAGUGACUUCUUUGAAGGUCAAGGGAAGGCUGCGUCUUGCGUCGCGAAGAAGCGUAAAGUUCCCGGGAAAAAACUUGAGAAACCAGCGAUCACAGUUUCUCGACCCGUGAGGGCUAACAGGGGAAUGUUGAUGAAGAAGAUUCUUGAGAAGGAGAAAAAGGAGCUACGGGAUAAAAACCCACCGGCCAAAAACCCUGCUUCCAGGAAAACCAGACAAUCCAGCAAGACUCCCGCUUCAGUGACUGAUAAGGAAGAGUCUGCUCGCUCCAGCAAAUUGUCUUCGCAUAAGCCUCCUGCAGCCACAUGCAGUGAGGAUGACUCCUGGUCUUACUACUCGGAGAAGUCUUGCCAAGACGAUCUCAGUAAUGCAGAUUCCUGGUCUUACUACUCUGACGACGAUGGUUCAUUUGCAACACCUGCCAGCAGUCCCGCUGAAAGUGAUUCAUUUUCCAGCUGCUCUAAUGCAGACACUCCUGAAAAUAAGUCCACUCCGUCCCCAAAAGCAAAACGGUCCAAUACAAAAGCCAGCACUCCAAAAAAGACCCGGAAUUUCUUGUGUUUUAUUUGCAAAGAGCAGGUAAGCAAAAAGCUGCGAGCUCACAUAAAAAGCCACUUUCCCAACAAAGACUACGCCUGCCCCCAGUGUGGCACCAAGUAUAAACUCCUCUCUUCGCUUGAGAGACACUUGAAAAAGACCUGCUUCGAGUACCACCUCAAGAACGUGGAUCCCACCAAGCCGGAAGAAACCCAGAACCUUUCCAAAUGCGACAAAUGUGGAGAUGCAUUUCAGUACAAGAUUUCCUUACAAAAGCACCUGCUCACACACCAUGAGCUGUACUGCAGCGUGUGUCGGACGGUGCUGCGAGACGCAGAAACAUUGGCCCGCCAUAAAACCGCACACACGCCGUUUCAGUGCACCCGCUGUGACCAGACCUUCACCGUUUUUAAGCACUUGGUUAGGCAUUUCGAAAACACCCACGGAAUUAGCAAACCCUUCAAAUGCAAUCACUGUCCAAAGAUUUCACCUAAGCUCAAUGCUUUAAUCAGACAUGAAUGGCAGCACACAGGUCACCUACCCUUUCAGUGUGGUCAGUGCAGUUUAAAGUUCAAGUCAUUCUCAUAUCUUUUGUCCCAUGAAAAGGUCCACAAAGGGGAGAAACCCUGCCUGUGCUCGGAAUGUGGAAAGACUUUUGCCCACAGAUCCAACCUGUACCGCCACAUUAGACUCAUCCACAGUGCUUCUAGAAAUGAGAAGAAUUAUUCUUGUUCCCAGUGCGAGAAGGUCUUUAAAGAAAAGGCCACCCUGAUAAGACAUCAGAGGACCAAGCACCUCCAACAACUGUUCCGCAGAGAGUGCCCCUACUGUAGUAAGAUGGUCGCUCCGUCAACAUUGGCAAGGCAUAAAAUGAUGCACAUGGGACAGAGCCCCUUCAAAUGCACCACCCCUGAUUGCGAGAGUGCCUACAGAACUGCUUCAGAGCUGAAGAGACACGUGCUUUUACACCACACCACUGAGCGACCUCACAAAUGCGAUGUCUGUGGAAAGGGCUUCGUACGACUCGGCGAUCUCAACUUGCACGCAAAAAUCCACACUAAAGAAAGACCGUUUGUUUGCCACAUCUGCGGCAAGGCUUUCCUCAAGUCCUACAGCAUGUUUAGACAUAAAAGGCUUCUACACUCGUCUGUGCCAGAUUAGAGUAAAAUUGUAGAAAUGUUUAAAUGAAAUCAGUGAAUAAAUGUCAUAAAGCAAAUGUUGAGAAAAGUUUGUGUACCCAACUGCAGGUGUACUGUUGUCAGAUGGAUCAUAAUGUUUUGGAGAUGAACCUUUUGUAGUACUACAUAUGAGGCUCUGCAGUAAUUAGUACUGGACCAAUGACUGGCAACAUUUUGUUACACAAACUGGUGUUAGAUGGUAAAACUCCUUUUGGGCAGGUUGAUGAGGAUUGGAACUCAUUCUCCACUCUAAGGAGAUUGCAAUUGGCAUUGAAAUUUCUUGACAUACCUUUGCUGAGAAAUAAAACAAUAAUUGUUCA